GAAUCGAACUUGGGACCUUGCCCUUGCCAGUCCAUUGCAUCUGCAGACAUGGAUUUCAAUCAGUUGGAGGCAUUCUUAACUGCGCAAACUAAAAAGCAAGGUGGGAUCACAUCUGACCAAGCGGCUGUUAUUUCCAAAUUCUGGAAGAGCCACAAGACAAAAAUCCGAGAGAGCCUUGUGAACCAGAGCUGCUGGGAGAGUGGACUCCGGGGCCUGAGCUGGAGGGUUGAUGGCAAGUCUCAGUCGAGGCACUCGGCUCAGAUCCACACCCCUGUUGCCCUAGUAGAGCUGGAAUUCGGGAAACGUGGCCAGGAGUCUGAAUUUCUGUGUUUGGAAUUUGAUGAGGUGAAGGUCAACCAAAUACUGAAGAAGCUCUCAGAGGUAGAAGAAAGUAUCAAUGCACUGAUGCAACCAGCCUAACUGAAGACGAUGUAGGAAAGAGUUGGAAUUAUAAAGCAAAGGUGUUAAUGAUCUCACCCACUUUCACAGUCCUGUUCCCCCACUGGUAUUAAAUCCUCAGUGUCAAAUCCU